UAAAAAGCAAUACAAUAGGAAGUAAGAGUAAACAAGGUGUGGGUCCACCUGUCGUCAAGUGAACAUAAUCUAUAAAGAGAUACACCCAAUUUAAGAGGCUGAUACACCAAACAUUCGAAAUGGCCAGCAGUUCGAGCAAGAACAAGACCCUACAGCUGAUAAGGUGCUUCUGCGGAUGCAGUAACAUGACUGUCGCCGAGGUGCGGAGGAUCUAUGUUCUGUCGAACAGUGUGCACGAGACGCUGCUGGAUGCGGAGGCCACCAGACUGCUGCGCAAGUUCAUGGAGACGAGGCGGUCCGGCGACAAGGACGAGGCCGAGCAGUACUUGGACAUCUACGAGAAGUGCGCCGAGUUUCUCGCUGAGCACCAGCGCACCUUCACCCAGGACGAGGUGGACGAACUGGUCGAUCUGGGCCUGCCCUACGACCUGGAGCAGGAUCUCUCCAGGCGCAUGCUCAGCGCCGAUCGCACGGACAUCAGCAGCGGGCUCUAUCGCAUCCAGAGCAAAUGUCGCAACGAAAUCGAGGGCAGCAGCGAUUUUCGAGACUUCAGGGACGCCAUCGCUGAUAAGAUGCGUCGGGUGCCAAAAUGAUAUAGUCGGUGCAAAUCGAUGUUUUUUUUGUGUGCACUGUUCAACGCCUACCAAAGUCACAUGGUUACCUUUGGAGCAUCGCACUUGACCCAGCUCCUAUCUUUACCUUUCCCAGUGCCUUGGAGGCUUCUACAAUCGUCCAAGUGUAUAGAAGACCGCAGUUUAGUCAUAGUCAUACAACGAAGAAACGGAAACCGUCCUCCUAUCUCAUUGUGGCUUCCGAGUCGUGCUAGAGCCUAAGCUCACCAAACAUUCACAUUCUACUAAACCCACAGAAGAGCCACUCUUUACUUAACUUAAAAAUAUAGUUGUUUAUAUGCCUUGUAAUGUUGUACGCACUAGGAAGUAUAAUAAAUCUGAUGCGGAAUGCAACCGAUACACAU